AUGGCCGCCAUGUUUACUCCCAGCCGGGGGAGGGCAAUUGGACGAGCCAUUGCGGCUUCGUCGUCUGGCCCUGUUACCCUCCCUAGCUUCCUGGUGCCAGCAUGGCGAACGACAGCACCCAAGAUCGCAUCUUCCCGAGCCGCCAUUGCCCUCUUCUCCACGACCUCGAAACGACCAUCCAAGCUGGGAAGAACCCCUCUAUCGAUUCCUCCUGGCGUAGAGCUAUCUGUCGGCGAGCCGGUGGCGAGCAAAGACUUGACAUCAUACAAGAAGGUGUACAAGAAAACCAUCACUGUAAAAGGACCUUUGGGAGAGCUUGAGCUCGAAGUUCCGGAAUAUGUACAGGUGACGCAAGAUCCUGAGGCAAAGGUGGUAUCAUUGAAUGUCCAGGACACUGACGCCAAGGACCAAAAGGCCAUGUGGGGAACAACAUGGUCUUACCUAAGGAACUAUAUAAUGGGUGUCUCGGAAGGGCACACGGCCAUUCUCCGUCUGGUCGGUGUUGGUUACAGAGCGAGUGUCGAAGAGCGAGGUGCUAAAGAGGAAUUCCCUGGACAGCGCUUCCUGUGCCUCAAGCUCGGGUUCACUCACCCUGUCGAAGAGGGUAUCCCUCGCGGCGUGACCGUAACAACUCCUGCGCCUACACGUAUCCUGAUUGAGGGAAUUGACCGCGAGACCAUCAUGUCGUUUGCUGGACGAAUUCGCAUGUGGCGUCCUCCGGAGCCUUACAAGGGCAAGGGCGUGUUUAUUAACGACCAGACGAUCAAGCUGAAGCAGAAGAAGAUCAAAUAG